AUGCCCAUCUACAAUAGUCUUUAUUCGAAUCUUGCACGUCAAGGAUUCGCAAAAUCGGUCACUCACGGUUACGCUCAAUCAGUCGUUGCCGCAACUCAUCCUCAAACUUUAGCAAACCAAAAUCGAUCUGGUCGCGGUUUACAACGUCGAACGAGUAAGCUUGGUCAUUUACCAACUUAUACCUUUCAAAAUGCUUUUCACACAAGCUCCAAUUCGACUGUUACGACUGUUCAGGAUAGACCAGAAGGAUUAGAAAUAUUAUCGGAUGCCUGGAAGGCAAAUGAACUAGCGAAGGAAGACAAGAAAGGCUUAUUUCCAAAAUGUAUCGAAUGGAAGCCAGCUUCUAUUCAGGUGGAUGGAGAAGGGAAGAGCAAUAUUGUGGCAAGUGAUGCAGUGAAGGAUACCCCUAAGCAAGCCGAGAGGACGUAUGGCACUAGUGCUGUAGAUGAUAUUAAGCAAGUUCAUUUUGAGGACGAGGAGGAAGCUGCUUUGGCGAAAAUCGAUGCGGCUAUCGAAAAGGAGAUCCAAUCGAGAGAGGAUCAAGCUGCAUUUGAGGCCGAAUUGAGUGUGGUUGCAGCACGUGUACCAACUCCUCCUAUUGCGCCAGUUCAGUCACCUGCUUUCACAGUCGAGACUAACUUCGAAAAAUCGGAACUAUCGCGAUCGCCUGUUAGUUCUACCACAUCAAUCACCUCAACGUCCGACCUUCAAUCACUGAGCUAUGCCGAACAUCUCACCAAACUUGCUCACGGUGGCAGAUAUGCUGAGAUUCCUGCGGUUUUUGAGGCCAUGCUUGUUGGAGGUAUCAAACCAACGGCAACUGCAUACAACGCUCUUCUUGACGCCGCAAUUCAUCUUCCUUCGGAACAAAUUCAAGUGGUUCCAAAGGCUCUUGAUGUUUAUUCCGACAUGCUUAGACGAAAGAUAUUGCCAGAUACUUCAACGUACAGCACACUCAUUAAACUGAUUGCUUCUCGAUCGAUGACUGUAACUUCAUUGAAACAGACAUUGGAAGAAAAACGCGUUAGAUAUGGUGGGAUGGAGGAAGCUGGCAAAUUUAUGUUUGCUUCCAACGAAUUAGAGUUUGCUAUUCUCGCCGAAGAUGACAGGUUAGAUCUUGCUGUCAGGUUGUUUGAUGCAUCAAUCUCGUACCACACGGAUCGUUCAUUCCCAGCAGAAACAUAUCAUCAGCUCAUAUCCGCAUGUGCUGAUGCUGGUCGGAUCCCAGAUAUGGUACGAUUGUAUGAACAUAUGGAGACUAGCAAGGUUGUACCAUUGGCUGCUACUUUCUCGCACAUGAUCAAGGGUUUCGCUCAAUCAGGUGAUCUAAGUAGUGCUGUCGAAUGUUACAAUGAGUACAAGGAGCUGGCUGUCGCGGAUGACACUGGCAAACUUCAAUUAUUUGAUCGUCAAGACGCACACAUCUACGCCUCUGUUGUCAAAGCUUACGUCACUUCCGAUAAAAUGGACGGUGCCAUGAAGUUUUACAACAGAAUUGUGGAAGGAUAUGGUGAAAAUGUUGAAGCCUUCCGCGACGUACUUAUUGAUGAAGGUUUCGUUCAAGGUCUUCUUGAACGCAACAUGUUGCCUGAAGCACUUAGCUGGGCUGAGAGUCUACAAACUGCCACUAAGUCAUUGGUCAUGAGCACCAUCUCUAUGCGUGCUGCCGACAAGGGAGAAAGAUCCAUUGCUGUUGCAGCUUUCUCUCACAUCAACCCUGAUCCAUCAAUCGCCAAGCCAACCAUGGCAUUAUUGGCCUUGAGUGUUCGCAGUGGUGAUGUUGCCGCAGCUCAAAGAUACUGGGGUAUACUUACUGCAGCUGAAAUGCCUGUAUCGUCCGCUUUCAUUGAACCAACUGCCAUGUUCGCCGUUGCCAUGAUUGGUUCUGGACAGGUCGUCGAAGGUCUUACACAAUCUGAACAAAUGUUCUCUAGAAUCAGAGAAUCUUCUACAGACGUCAAUCUUCACUUGGCGGAUGAGAUUGAAGAGGGUACUGAGUUUAUUGCUCGAUUCAUGAAGUCACAUAACAUUGUUGAUCCUCGUGAUGCAGCAGUGGCCGAAGCUAUGUAUCAACAAAACUUCCAACCUGCUGUAUAUGUAGCACCACCUACAUUCGAGGAUACUUUUGAUCCUUAUGCCGCUUCUACCGAUUUCAAAGGUUCAGCUCUUAUCGCUGAUGAACUCGAGAGAGGAGCUAGUCGUGGCAAGGGAUCUAAGCUCAAUGAUGCUUUGGGUCGAUUCAGAAAUAUGCGUCGCGCUGGUCGUCAUCCAAGAUACAUUACUUAUGCUAAAUUAAUUUCUGCUGCUGCUCGCGAGGAACGGAUGCCCUUGGUUAAUGAUAUUCUUGGUAUGGCACGAUCUGAUGUACCUUUACUUGUACAAUAUCCUGUUGUUCGAUAUGGUUGGGUUUCAAUCCUUGAUGCAAUGGUUGGUGCUUGCUUAACUCUUGGCAACCGCAACCUUGCUGCUCAAUACCACCAAGAACUUCUCGACAUGGGAGCUGCACCAACUGCAAACACUUUCGGUCUUUAUAUUACAACUUUGAAGGAAUCAACAAAGACUUUUGAUGAAGCCUCAGAAGCUGUCAAAAUUUUCCACCGUGCUAAGACGGAAGGUGUUGAACCUUCAUCCUUCUUGUAUAAUGCUCUGAUCGGUAAACUCGGGAAGGCUCGUCGUAUUGAUGAUUGUCUUUUCUACUUUGCUGAGAUGCGUGCUCUUGGUAUUCGACCAACCAGUGUCACUUAUGGUACUAUUGUCAAUGCUCUUUGCCGUGUUAGUGACGAAAAGUUUGCCGAAGAGUUGUUUGAAGAAAUGGAAUCUAUGCCAAACUAUAAAGCUAGACCUGCUCCUUACAACAGCUUGAUGCAAUUUUUCCUCACUACCAAGCGUGACAAGAGCAAGGUUCUCGCAUACUACGAACGAAUGAAGUCUAAGGGUAUUCAACCAACCAAUCAUACCUACAAAUUACUUGUCGACACUCAUGCUACUCUCGAGCCUGUUAACAUGGCAGCCGCUGAAGCCAUUCUUGAUAUCAUUCGUAAUAAUGGUGAAAAGCCGGAAGCUGUUCACUACUCUUCAUUGAUUCAUGCCAAGGGUUGUGUUAUGCAUGAUAUGGAAGGUGCUCGCAAGGUUUUCGAUUCAGUUAUGGCUGAUUCUUCCAUUCGUCCUCAAGCAUGUCUUUACCAAGCUUUGUUUGAAUCCAUGGUUGCUAAUCAUAACGUCGCUGAUACCGAAUCUGUUCUUUCCGAUAUGUCUGCUAGAGGUGUUGCAAUGACUCCUUAUAUUGCCAAUACUCUAAUUCAUGGAUGGGCUAAUGAGCGCAAUAUUGAAAAGAGUAAAGCAAUUUUUGCAACUGUCGGUCGUGAAAAGAGAGAACCAAGUACUUAUGAAGCUAUGACUCGAGCUUACCUUGCUGUUGAGGAUAGAGAAAGUGCUAAGAAUGUUGUUCAAGAAAUGCUUAGCAGAGGAUAUCCAGGAGCUGUUUCAAAUAAGAUUUUGGAAUUACUCGGUGGUGGUCAUGCUGAGACUGUUCAGGUUUAG